UUGGGAAUGACGUCACAAGAUGGCAGCCACCAUGAGCGCGAAGGUCGAACAAGAAUUCAAUGAAGAAAAGGUUGGUGUGGAGGGUGUUGAGGAGGAGAAUGUGCAGAUAGAGGAACCCUGUGAGAGUGGUAAAAUCAAUGCACAACCAGCUCCAGAACAGCAAGAUGGCAGCACUGAAGCUGCAAGUACUUCUCCACCAGAUGUCUCCACUGAGGAAUCUAGCAGGGAACCCAGUCCAUCAGCAGACCUUCAAUUGGCUCUACAGGAACUGGAGGCUGUGUCACCCAAGAAAGUUCAAAAAGAUUCAACCCGCAAGAAAAAGGAAGAUAAGACAAUAGAGCAUAUCCUGAAGGCCUUGAACAGCCUUUCCUCCCCUGAAGAGAAGUUAGCUGCUCUUUGUAAGAAGUAUACUGACCUCCUUGAGGAUCAUAGAGUUACCCAGAGCACACUCAAGCAGAACCAACGCAAACUAACUGUCCUGGGGAGGGAGAAGGAACAGCUGCAGAGUGAGCAUAGUAAAGCAGUUCUAGCUAAAUCAAAGCUGGAAAGUCUGUGUAGGGAGUUGCAGAGGCACAAUAAGCUGGUCAAGGAGGAAAGUUUGGCUCGGGCCAGAGAGGAAGAAGAAAAGAGGAAAGAAGUCACGGCUAAAUUCCAGACCACAAUUACUGACAUCCAAUCUCAGAUGAAUGAUCAUCACUCCAAGAACUCCAAACUAAGAGAGGAAAAUAUUGACCUUGCAUCUAAGUUAAAGAACCUGAUUGAGCAAUAUGAUCUAAGAGAACAGCAUAUUGAAAAAGUGAUUAAGCACAAAGACCUUGAAUCACAACUCGUUGAGGCAAAGCUGCAGCAAUCAACACUACAUCUGACUGAGGAAAAACAGAAAAAUACUGUGGAGAAAGAAAUUUUACUGGCCGAGCAAAAUGAGGCCAAGAACAAGAUAGCUCUACUAGAGGCUCAGGAGAAGCAGCUCAGGACACAGGUGGCGCUGUACACUGAAAAGUAUGAGGAGUUUCAGACAACAUUGUCAAAAAGCAACGAAGUUUUCGCCUCCUUCAAGACUGAAAUGGAGAAAAUGACAAAGAAAAUCAGAAAAUUGGAGAAGGAGACUCACAUGUGGAGGAAUAGAUGGGAAAGUUCCAACACUGCCCUCAUUAACAUGGCAGAGGAGAAAACAAGAUCAGAUAAAGAAAUUGCAACUUUGAACACAAAGAUACGGCGUCUAGAGAGUCUUUGUAGAGCUCUUCAAGCAGAGAGGAACAAAAAUGAACCCCUUGUCAAUGGCUCUCAAGUGGAGGAAGAUUCUGUAAACACUAAUCCAACAGAUGGUGACACUGAAGCCAAUAUCAACACUUUGGGGAGAGAUAUCCAGCCUACUAAAACACCCCCUAAUACACCCAACUCCCGAGCCAGUCCUGUCACAACACAAAAUGGAGAUCCACCUGACUCCCAAUCAGAAAAUCCAGAUCAUCAAAUCGACCAAUCAGGUAGUUCAGAAUCUACAGGCGUGUCUGAGAACAACCAAUCAGAAGAGGUUAAAACAGGAGUAGGAGUAAUUGUAAAUGGUCCAUCAGACUCUGAAUCUAACUCCGUUUCACCAUCUGAAAAACAGCCGGACCAAUCAGAAACGAGCUUACAACCUGCUUCUGACCAAUCAGAAUCUGUAAUAGAGGAUAGUGGCGUCCAAGUUGAUUGACAUCUGUCACACACGUAAGCGGACUUUGCUUUGCCCUAGCUAUAAGUUUGUUAUGUGUUGAUUGUUUAUUAGCUAAGGUAUAAACAAGGAGUAAAAUCUUUUGUUUUCAGGAUUCAUUCAGUUCAACCAGCAAACCUCUCUGUAAGGUGCCAUAUUAUACGCUUUGCACUAAAUCCCACACACAAUCAUUUCAAUCUGAAUAUGAAAAUAUUUUUAGCAUACCAUUUAAAUGGUGGUCUAAUUAAGCAAGUAUUUAGUGUGAAACUAAGAUGGCCACCAUUAUACUUUUUACCUUGUAGGUCAAAUCAGUUAAUGUUCUCGAUGCUGUCUGAUUUAUGACUUGGUGUGUCACAAAUUUAUAUCAAUUAACAAAAUCCAGAAAUUAAACGAAUUCAACAUGAAGUCAAGUAUCUGAAAUAUGUACGCACUACGAACACAAACAUUCAAAAACAAGAUAGUUUUCCACAAAGUUGUACUUUUAAAAAGAUGGCAGCACUUGAAAUCAUAGCUACAAAUAUAUUUCAAUUUUAGAUUAAUUGUACUUUACUGAAAUAGGUUAAACUAUGGAGUAAUUCAACAUUACAUGAAAAACCUUGGAAAAUCUGCAUUUUAUCUAUAGAUCAUGUUAAUGAGUGAAAUGUAGACCAAUCCUUGAAAUUACCAUUGCAUUAUUAGCCUAAAAUUAACACCUAACAUGCAAUCUGAUGGUUGUGCCCGCAAACUAUAGAUUGAAAUUAUAUAUCGAAGAGCGCUGUUUGUUUUUAAUGGAUAUUAUAUUUUAAAAGUGACAUCACACAAGAUUAUGUGUACUGUAGUGUCAACUGUCAAUUGUAAUAUUGUAAUGCUUGGUUUGAUAAAAAAUAAACUGAUCAAAUAUGAAGUUUAAAA